AUGAAUACAAACAUUACUGGAUCGGCUAAGCCGGAGUACCCAGUCAUAGAUCGGAAUCCCCCCUUCACCAAGACCGUCACCAACUUCAACACCCUUCACUACCUUCGACACACCACCAUCUCCGACAUCUCUGUCACCGUUGGAUACCUUUCUGGAAUCAAGCCAGGGAUCAGGGGCCCGUCGAUGGUGACCCGGGGUUUAAUCGGAGUUAUGGGUGGGUUCAUGUACGCGUACCAGAACUCCGUUGGACGUCUGAUGGGCUUCUUCCCCAACGAUGACGAGGUCGCUCGUUACAAGAAGUAAUUCCCCCCUUCUUCUCCCAAAUUUUCAAUCUAGGAUUUUCUUUUGUUCGAUGAAAAUGACCUGACGACGGGAUAGGGUUAGGGCUACUCGUCUUGAUAGAAGGUAGAAGUGGCAGGGUGGUUGAUCGUGGCGGCGGGAUAGGGUUAGGGCUACUCGUCUGGACCGGGAAACCAGCCAGAACCGAUACUGGAACCGGAACCCGAUGGAACCGGUCGGGCCGGAACCGGGACGAUAUUCUUGUGGAUUUUUAGAACCGGGAACCGGAAAAAACUGGUAGAACCAGCAAAAACCGGUAGAACCGACAAAAACCGGAACCGUAUAUUGCUAUUUCUUGAUGAUCGGUACCAACAUUGAAGACCCGACAAGAACCGACAGGACCAGGAACCGGUGGUUCGGUUCGGUUCUUAAUUUCGGCCGACUUCGGUUCCCGGGCCGGGUCCGGUUCGGGCCGGUUCCAGCACGGUCGGUUCCUUUGCUCAUCCCUAGGUAGAAGUGGCGGACAACGGUUAUGGAAAAGGUGGACUUCUAGGGCGUCAAUUGCAUCUUUGGUGGAGACAGGUAGUGGUGCGCUGCUGAUGUUGCCAGAGUCAGGGAAGAACACCUGACGUCGUGAGGGUGAAGAGAUAAACAAAGACGGAUGAGAUUUGGUUUGAUGGCGUUGUUGUGUGUAGAGGAGAUUAAGGUAACAUCAAGAGAUAAGGUAUACCGUGUAAUACGUAUACCAUGUAGAUUGUAAGCUUAAUAUUAUUUUACAUGAGGUAAUAUGUAU